GGAGGUUUUUCUCAACGGAACUGUGUAAACCUCUGCAUGAGUAUGAAGGUCAUCGCCGAAACAGCGUCCAAGAAAUGCCCCAAGCAUGAGGAUUAACCACAUAACCCGUCAAGAGUACUUUGGUACUUAAUCAUAAAUCAUGGCACUAAAACAGUAUAGAAGUGAGAUCGAACCCAGGGUGCUUAACAUGUCCUGGCAGAGGAACUUGUCAACCAGAUUCUUCCCCAUCCAUUUCAUCUAGACAUACAUCUAGACAUACAGGUCACCUAAUAGUGACUCGUAAGGCUUCAUUAUUACCGACAAGGCGGCGAUUCAAAACCAUGGGGACCCAGCUAACCGAACGCGUACUGGAUGUUUCCCUAGAUGACAAUGCGACAAAUACAGACACAUUGGAUAGCACUCGUCUCUAUGGCGUCUCGUGCAAUAGCAAUCAUGAGAAUGGAGUCCCCAAGGAUUCGACUCUCAAAAAUCGAGCUCCUCGCAAGACUAUAGCUCGCAAGAUCAUAGCUCGCAAGACCAAAGCUCGCAAUAAACUAGCUCGCAAUAUGCGUCUUCGCGAAAUACGAGCUCAGUUCCGAUGCCGUCGAGCCCUGAUCGAUAGGUGUAUGCCAGAGGCAGUUGUUUUUCGGCGUACAUCUUCUGGUAACGAGGCCAUCUUGGAGGAGAACCCGAUGGCGGACUGUCCAGAGGAUACUGUUCAGGACGGUGGCUCCGUCAGUGGUGUCAUGAUGGUGGUAGCGACUUUUGAGGCGCCUGGCGUUCGCCGCAAAGUAUUGAAGUCAACAGGAGUCGCCAUUAAUGAUUACUAUAUAAUGACAGUCGCACAUGCUAUCUGGGAUAGCAAUUUUGGACUUGCAUCGUCUAUCACAGUUAUUCGAGAUAUACGCGCUGAUCCUAGCCAGGAAAAUAUGCGCUGCGUGGAUGCUGGUGCUGUCCAUUACCAGUGGGCUAGAAAUCCCGGAGAUACGAGUGAAUCUACAAGGAAGAAUGAUUUUGCUAUUCUUCACGUUUCGGAACCCUUCCACAGGGGAGUACAGCCGAUGGCAUACCAGGAGCCGCCGACUCAUCCGACCGAUGUCAGUAUAUAUGGCUUCCCUAGGGGCGGGCCCCGUCUCCGCUACAGCACGAGUCAUCAAGUCAAAUACGCACCUAAUGUCAGCGGUCUACUCGAUCACAAGGGAGACACUGAAUAUGGCAGUUCGGGUGGCCCCGUCGUCGAUAUUUCCUCUGGAACUGCCUUUGGGUUGCAUCGAGGUUUCGCCAAAAAGACUCAAACCACUCCUCUAAUCAACAAGGCAGUCCUUCUUCAGGUCCAUGGUAAUGAUCCGCAUAGAUUCAUGCAGUUCAUUGAUGAUUUCACCGAGGAGAAUUCAACGGAAGACUCUUCGGUCAUCAAGGGCGAUGAGUUCUGUGUUGGAAUCUGGGAUGCAGCCUUUUAUCGCUAAGGUUGAGCAAGCGUUGCAAGGCAACAAGGAAUAACGAAUUCGCUUUGUUAAGUGGGAUGAAUAGGACGAAGGUAUAUAGAAUGGGGAAAAUGGGAGCGCGGGCUCAAAAAGUGAUAUGAUAGAAUAUGGUUCUGGGCUGAUUGGGUACUGGGUACCUGACAUGGGGAUAUUGGUAGAUUGCGAAAGAAUUAUAUACUCUUCUGGUUUGAUGUCAUCAUAUUUUGCAUAUGCGAUUGUUAUGGCGUCCAUACCUACCUAAUGCAACACCAUAUCCACGCAUUUUGGACAAGCCUGUUUUCGUACGGUAUGUCAGCGCAUGCGCGUUUCAUUGUCUAAGACGACGAAAAUUGUGGGGAUUUUUCAGAUUGGCGAAUGCGAAAAGCAGAUCUCUGAUAACCCUGCUGCUAGGCGCUUCGUUGCCGAUCACUUUUAAUGAUCAUAAUGUGGAAUUGGACGCGCAUCAAAAGUGUGUUGUAUUGUGUAAGGAUUUGAGGCAUUACGGACGGUUUACUUACAGAAGAGUGUUGCUAUUUCAGUAGUAGUCAUUUUCAGCACUUAUUUUCUUACCGCCUUUAAAAAAUAGAGAAUCCCCCACCUAUUUUCGAUUUAUUUGCACCACCACGUCAACCAUUAUAUC